AUUGGUCUGACAGAUAGUGAGGUUAUCAAACGUAUACCAUUUACAAGAUUUACGAAACAGAACUGAGUUGUAUGUUCAAGUAAACACAUCGAGUUAUUGUGAUGAUUUUACAAAAUUAUUUAUUUACCUUGUUAAUACUGUUCGCUUGUAGCGUUGCGGGAAAACAUUUUCGUUUUGACUACGAUUACAAUGAAUAUGUUGAUGGAUGGUUCAAACUCCAUUUAAUACCGGCCACCUGGCACGAUGCUUGGCUCAGAUGCGAUCUUGAAGGUUCAAUUUUGGCUUCCCCAAUAAACUAUCAAAUGAAAAUCGCGAUGGAGGCUUAUUCGAAAGCAAAGAAAAUGGAUGACUGCGCCUAUUAUACUGGAAUAAAUGCCUUAUUCUCACAUGGAGAUCAUUUUUCUGUUGAAGGUGAAUCUUUGGCUAGGAUGCCAGUGAAGUGGGCGCCUGGUGAGCCAGAUAAUUUCAACAACCGGGAAGACUGUAUCGUCUUAACCAAUGGCACGAUAGCCGACGUGAACUGCUCGGAAAUAUUUCCGUACAUAUGUUUUAAGAAAAACACGAAAGACAUAAUUAUGACGACAUGUGGGACUGUGGAUAAAGAAUAUAAGCUUGAAAGUUUAACUGGAAAUUGUUACAAAUUUCAUCAAAUAGGAAAACCCUGGAAGCGUGCUUUUAUGACCUGCGCAGCCGAGGGAAGUUAUCUGGCGGUGAUCAACAGUCCACAAGAAGCUCUUCUCCUAAAAAAUAUAUACGACGCUAAUCAUUCAAAGAUCCGUCCCGGGACGAGCAAGGAUGUAAUAAAUAUCGGUAUGCAUGAUUGGAACGAACAUGGCGUCUGGAGGACCAUUCAUGGAUUGACGAUCGAGGAAGCAGGUUAUGCGGACUGGGCACAAGGGCAACCUGACAACUCAAGUGGUCAAUUCUGCGGUGCAAUGUUUCGCAACAGCAAACUGGAUGAUUUCUGGUGUCAUGCCUCCGCCCCAUUCAUAUGUGAGAAGAGUCUAGACAGCCUUCUUGAACUAUAAUAUCUAUAUAUUUUUUGGAAUAUAUAGCAAAUGUGUUGUUAUA